UUUUACUUACAUUCCUACGUUCCCCUUUUCACACCGCCGCAUUUAAGAGGACCUCCUUCGUUUGUAUCCCCAGCCAGCUGCAGUUUAAGUCUGCGAUCAGGAAGCUGGAGUUUGGUUAUCGUUUGCUUGCGCUUCACCUUUGAGCGUGCCGACAGGCUGUGUGAAGGAAGAAGUAGAAACCACACCAGCAACCCACGCACAUGACUGGGAAUUCAGGUCGCAAGCUGGAUAACUCUCCCAUCAAGUAUUCUCUAGGUCUCUCCCCCUCAAAAUCUGUCGAAACCACUCGCUUGCUGCCAAUAAGGGCCUGGUACUGAAAUCAUGAACGGCGCUGCGAAUGGUCAAGCCACGAUCGGAGCGGAGGCAACUCCAACACAAGUCAAUGGCGGUGGUACGAAUCUGCUGCCUCAAAUCCACGAAGCUCUCAAUCUAGUCCACGGGCCUUACUCCUCAAACGAAUCUCGAAGACAGGCUGGCAAUUUUCUGGAAGAUCUCAAGACAAACCCAGAGGCGCCAUACCACGGUUUUACUCUUGCCUCCGAUAGAACCCAGCAGCCCAUCGUACGGCACUUUGCCCUCUCUCUUCUCGAGUAUGCUAUUCGGCAUAAGUGGAACGAAUAUUCAGAGCAGCAGGCGACAACGUUGAGACAAUGGGUUCUCGAACUCUCCCAAAACUUGUCGCAAGAUGAUCCGUUAUAUCUGCGAAAUAAAACAGCACAAUUAUGGGUAGAGAUUGCAAAGAGGAGUUGGGCAGCAGCAUGGAUGGAUAUGGAUGAACUUUUGGUACAGCUUUGGAACAUCCCCGGGCCAGUUGUGCACAAGGAAUUUGUCUUGUUCGUCCUGGAAACCCUAUCAGACGAGGUCUUCAACGGUGAAGAUGCAGUGGUCAUCUUGCGAGACGGAGCUUUGAGUAAGGCAUGCGUGGAAAUCUUUACCCCCGCGGUUGCUUUAGCAGAAGCCUUUCCAAAUCGACAGAAUGGCAACGUGAGAUGUGGCGAAGAAGGCUGGUUGGUACGACUGGGCGAUUUGCUUAAUCAAUGUUUAGAUGCCGACCUUCUGAGCAAUUCACAAUAUCAAAGUUGCGCUGCAAAAACUUUGGCAGUAUACAAAUCUGUAAUGCCAUGGGCUAUUCCACGGGCAAUCUCCAGUGCUUCUUGUGUACGCCAUAUGUGCAAAAGUCUUGCUGCACCAAGUGUCGCCGUACAAUUGGUAUGUUGUCCCGCACCCCUCUAAAUCCAUAACUCAUUAUUUUAGGGAUCUGUAGAGGCGCUUCAUGCUCUGUAUAGUAGAGUGCAAUUUACAGACGAAGAGUUUCUCGCAUUGGUUUGUCCAAUGUAUGAGAGUCAAAUGGUCGAUUUGUUACGCAAGCUACACGAAUGGUCUAUUGUUGAUCCUCGCAAUGUGGAUGACGAAAAGUAUUUAUUUGCUAAGAAAUUCUCUGAGGUUUGUAUUCCCUCAUCUUUGAAAAAAAAGAAUCGAUUUGACCAACCUUGUUAGAUGGUUUCAAAUCUCGGCGGCUUUAUUGAACAAAAGAUAUCGGCUAUACCAGAGGCUUGCGAUCUCCCUAAUUUAUUAAAUCUUUUUCUUGUCAUUACUCAAAGCCCUAGUUUUGUGGUUUCGAUACCCGUUCUUGUUACAUGGACACGAUUGCUACGUUCUGAGACCAUUGGCGGCUCUCCUACUAUGACCCCACUAAUUGCACCUCUUCUUGAACUUUGUAGCUCAAGAUUAAUUCGUUAUGAUAAUAUGAAUGAGGAUACUGAUGAUCCGUCUCUGAUUCUACUAUUAGAGGACAUCGAUACUAUACCAGAAAGACACGCCUUUUUGGGGAAUUACAGAAGGUACAGCUCUGUUAUCAUUGAGUUGAUCGUGCGUCAAAAGCAAUCGGAAGCCAUUUACCACAUUCUCAGUCAAAUUGAUCACUCAUUACAAAAUCUCUACGUUGGACAACCUGCGUUUUCUGGUUCGUUAUUCCCUCUAAUCAUGAACCCUGACUCUUGGCUGACCUGAAAAUUAGCCGAGACUUACUCCAAGACCUCCAUGGCAGUAUUGCGCGUAGACGCACAUUUCACUGUUGUAGAGGCAGCACUGAAAGGAUACAUGAAAUGGCGCGCAACUCAUGGAUCCAAUCCCCAAGCUGAUGUAGGCUGCUGCUACUCCAAAUUCACGGCUUGUACUAAUUUAAACCAGGACCAUGAGCGAGUGAGCAUUGAGAAUAACCUUGAAUCUUGGUGUGAGCGUCUGAUAGAGCUCAAUUUCGAAGUAACUAUGAACAGCUUCAAAUACAGAGGCCGCGCUAAUUAAUUAUGAAGGAUCCUCUCAUUCGGAAACGGGUUCUUCAGCUUGCUGUUGCUUUCUCAACAAGUGCCUUGGACAAGAAAGUUGGCUUUAUGCUCAAAGUAUUGGAGAACAUACUCAUGAGUCAGCCAAUUGAGAAGCCACAAUUUACUGCAUAUUCGGAUGCUGUCAAGGAACUCCAGGUUGAUGGCACUUAUGAAUUGCAGAGGUUGGCGACAAAGAUGCCAGACCAACUUCUUGUGAGCUCAUAAUAGGCCCUUUCUCAACUUGCAAAUUCUAAUCUUGACAGGAUGUCUACGAUCAACUGGAAGCCAAGGUUUCAGAGAUCAUUGCAUCUGAUAGACUUGACCCUAAAAGACAAGUUUCAUACCAAACAUUUCUCUUCACAAUCAUGUAAGAUCACCUUCCCGCACUCCAUAUCCACUGGCACUAACAGAAUCCUAGUCACCGGGCAAAAAAUAUCGAUCCAGAUAUCCGAUUUCAAAAGCUUCAGGCAUUCAUUGGCCCUGUGCAACAACUCUGGCAGAACCCUGAAAUGGAUGCUUCUAUUACUAACUUGGACGGCUUCUGUGAAAUGAUGGGUCUGAACAAAGUUCGGCAAUACCUUGUGAGUCGACGGAUAAACGAAAUCCAAGACUGGUCCCAAUAUAAGCUCGAUCCAGAGGGUCAAGCCAUACAAGCGGAGUUAGAAGAGCGACUAAAGGUAUGAUGGCACCAGGUCUCUGUAAUCGUUGCAUUCCUUUAACUUUUUUUUGAUUAGGCUCUUCCUCUUCGAACCACGAAAAACUUCUUGGCAUGCUCGACUGAAAAGAUUGAACGAGACACUCCUGCCUACAAAGUUUCCCGUGCCUUAUGGCGGGAUUCUCUACCAACAAUUCUCCCUAAUUUACUGAAAUUCAUGAGGUCCGUACAUAUCACUGUGCUUAAGAAACCAUAUACCUAAUUUUCAAUUAGCCAUGCGCACGCUUUUCAUAAUCCAGCAAACUGGACCGAAUUACCAACAGAGUUGCGACCACUUGUUAGUCGUAUCCUCACCGAUAGAUUUUGGCAAGCUGGUAUAUCAGAAGGAACAAAGGAAGACUUUUAUGCCCGUGUUUCUGGCACAAAGUCUACAAUGGAAGGAUUUGCAUCCUCAAUUCGAGGUUCCAUCCGCACAGUUAGAGAGGCCUGCUACUCUAUACUCUGGUGUAUGAGUAGACUGGAUGUUGACUUUUACGGCUUCAGCGAGCUUCCUGGGCCAUUGGCACAUGCUCUCUUUUCUGAUGCUCACUGUCUGUCAUCACACCAGCUCAUCGCAUUACUAAACGUGGUCCGAUACAUGGUUGAUGAUUGUCCAGUGGAAGUCCGAGGCCACUUCAUUCCACCUAUUUUAGCAACCUGCUUUACACAGAUGGAUGGAAAGAUCAGCUCCGAAUGGGAAAAACAGACCCACAAGGAAGUCGCUCGUUCUGGAGAAGAUAAUUUAACUGAGGAAAUGAAAGAGGCAAGCAUUUUGCGUCAAUUAACCAAUAGCGCGGUGAUGAUGAUUGGGGGUUUCCUGGACCCAGCAAAAGCAAGUAAGUAUACCCAUUUUCGCCUCGAAGAUCUACUAGUUGACAGUUUGUAGAUCCCCCAGCGGCUGCAGCAACAACUGCGGACGGUAACCCAGUAUCCGCAUCAUAUCCUAUCAUGCGACAAUUCUGUCUCACAAACUCUACAAUUCUCGAACCACUCCUCACAUUCCUUGCUCACGCGGUUCGAAUGCGCGAUACCCGGUGCUGCGGUGUUGUGCUCCGUGUCUAUCGCUCCAUCAUUCCCGAAUUUGCUUCUCCCCAAGACUCACCUCCCAAUUCCUCUAUCCGAGAAUUUAUCAGUACCGAUGUCCUCAAAGCCUGCAUCUCCUCCUUGAACGAGCCCUACUUUAUCGACCUUCACAAGGAGAUUGCCCAACUAAUAGCUUGUAUACUAAUAGUCUACUCCCCUCUAACCAACACACCACGUCAAAUCCUUCUGUCUCUCCCGGGCAUCCAGGAGAAAGCAGUGGAUAAGUGCAUCGAAUACAUCACGCGAGCGGGUACGCAGCAACGACAGCAACGAGUCCUUGUUCUCGAACUCCUGAAAGAUUUGAAGGGUGUCAGUAUCUCCGAACAGGGACGUAUCACCAAGGGGCCUGGAACUUCUCGACGGGAGAGAAGUAAGAUGCAGCAGGAGUUCAUGAAGGAGCAACCCAAGACUGAGGCUCCUGGCGGUGGUCGAAGACCCAGUCCAAGUCUUGAGGGUGUGGCAGGGAUGUUUGAGGGGUCGUGAGUGAGAUGAAGUGAGCUGUCAAUUCUGACGAGAUGGGGUGGUGGUAUGAAGUGUGGGUUGCAUUGGAGAAACCCUGGAUGGCGCAAGCUUUUCUUUGCUUCUGCGCGUGUGUUCGGGGAAGUGGACGAGAGUUCCCCAGAUGAACUGGAGGGGAGAGUCAGCUGGGGAAAGCGGGGAAGGGAGUGAGUGAGCGAGCCAGUGGGAAAUUUGUGGUAGGGCAGAUUCGAGAGCAAUUCUUUUUUUUGUAGAAUAUGGGAUGGCAAGGGGAUGAAGGCGGGGGGGUUUUUUUUGCUGGGAAGGGAGAUCUUGUUUUCUCUCUCUCGCUCUCUCGCUAUUAUUACUACUAUCAGACGAAGGAGGGGUAAAUCUUUGAAAGGAUUUUUCGUCAGCGGGGCUUCUUUUUUGCUAUGUGUGCUAGGGACUAUUUUCCCUUCUCGCCAUCUUCUUCUUCUACUUGUGGCUUUUUUUCCCCCUCUCCCCCUCUUGCUCUCUCUCUCUCUCGAUGGGUACAU